AUGCUACCAAACGAAGCAACGACAUCGAAUGCUGAUAAAAAGUCUCUUAUUGCUUGUCCAGCCAUCAGCGAGUCCAAAAGAAGAAGGCGCAGCAUGGGAGAAAUAUCGGCUUCUAAAACCAAGCGAAAAUUCACUGGAGUUUCGAUGGAAAACGUUGGAACGUCGCUUCAUCCAAAGAAACUGGCUGCUCGUCGUCGAGCCGUUGGAAACAUGAACACAGUGAUGAAAACAAAUGAGCCAAUUGUGGUUCCAAUCCGCUUUUACGGCGAGGGUCGUGAGCCUGAGCAUAAGCCUCACAAGAUUGAAUUAACACUAAAAAAGCUCGAAUUGAAACCACGGGCAACUCAACAUGUACAAGAGCCUGGUCGUGCGAUUUCUGAUGCAGAGCUUGAGGCGCUUACUCACAGCUUCCCAAAUAAGGAAACUCAGCUACAUCGGAACAAGCAAAGACGACGAUCGAGUUUGUCGAUUGAGCAGGAUGGUAAUGCAGCGCCAAUAAAAACUUAUCCCAUUGACUAUAUAGCUGAUAUGCAGGGAGAGGGUAGCAAGAUUACCUAUCUUGUUAAAUGGUCAAAUUAUUUACCUGAAGAGUCCACAUGGGUUUCUCGAAGACAUGUUCAAGCACCAGAAAUGCUUGAAUUUGCUCAUUUGAGGAAUGUCGCCCGCCGAGUGAUAGAACAGAAGCUCCGCGAUGAGCAAAAAGACUUCGUCCCUUUUCCCCUGGACCGGACUGGACUGUAUAAGGCCGUAAACAAUGCGAAACACCGUAACCGAUGGCUACUGCUUGAAACGGAAUUCAACUGGAACACCAUUAUUGAUGGAAAAACAGCCGAAAUUUUCAUUGAAAACUGGUCAGGCAAAGGGCAAGAAUUUCCGAACUUUGAGUAUAUCACCAAAAAUCGCCACUCUGAGGAUGUUGUGAAAGCUUUAAAGAAUAUUGGUCCGGACGACCUCGCCCCAGAUCUUGGCUGUAACGAAGGUUGCGAAUGCAAGAAUGCAAUUAAUUGCUGUGCCCGGUAUCAUGGUGGACAGAAUUACAACAGUGGAACAAAAUCAAAGGGCAUCCGGACAAUCAAAUGGGCAAACUCUAGCGCUGCCAAAGUAGUUGAGUGUGGAGAGCAUUGCAAAUGUGAUCCCAUAACUUGUCGUCAACGAGUGCUGCAGAAAGGGAGAAAGAUACCUUUGGUGUUAUUUUGGGAAGGAGGGAAAGGCUGGGGUCUUCGCACAAUUCACAAAAUUCCAAAGAAUGCUUUUAUCGGUGAAUACGUCGGAGAGGUGAUCUCUUUUGCGGAAGCCGAACGCCGAAAGGAAAACACUACAUACCAAUUCAACCUUUCGACGGCAAUCCCAACACUCAAGAGCGAACCCCCGGUGAUCGACGCCACAAGCUUCGGAAAUGAAACCAGAUUCAUAAAUCAUUCUUGCAAUCCCAAUUUGGUAAACAAACUUGUGAUCACGAAUAAAUAUUCCAACUACGAUUCUCGGAUCGGUUUCUACUCCAUGCGUGAUAUUGAGCCGGGCGAGGAACUCACGUUUAACUACUAUCCUGAAAGGGUUGAGUCAAAGAAAGGAAGGAUCAAAUGUCGUUGCGGUGAAAAGAAUUGCCGUGGUUGGCUGCCUACAGCAAGUGAG